AUGGCAACUCCAGCAGUUUGCUUGACUCCGGUCAAGAAGACGUCCUCCGUCUUCAACACCCGCACCGCUGGCGGUCGCAUGCCACUGACUCCCUCUCCCCGCACCCCGCGAACACAGACUCCCGAUGUGCAGGCACAAGAGUCUAUUCACGGCGGCAGCUUCAUGUCCCGGCUGCAGCGCUCCGUCACCAAGACUACCCGUGACUCGCCCAAGUCCAACAUUGCUCGCUCCCACACUCCUCGCCGGCUAGAGCUUGGUGUAUCCGAAUGGUCCCUCUCUGGAACUGGCUCUGCCCCCGCCCCCAAGGCCACAGCCAAGACCACAACCAAGACUACCACCAAGGCAAAGAAGGAGAAGAAGGAUACGGCUGUUCGCGCCCGUCCUACCAAGACCCGCAUCGCAUACAACUCGGCAGACCGUUUCAUCCCCAACCGCACAGCAAGCGAGGCCAUCCGCAGCACCGGCACAGCCAAGCUCGACAACGAACAGCGGCCCAAGUCGAGCUCCAAGUCCGAGGGAUCAACAGUGCUCGCCAACGCCGCGAGUGCUUUCGAUCUUGGUGGCCGUGGUUCUGAGGAGGAUGUUACCCUUUCCCUAGAGGGACUCACACUUGACGACGAAGAAGAGGAAGGCCGAACACGCUCCAAGCCAACCCCUGGAAAGGCUGCCUACCAAUCCGAGCUCGCAUCUGCCUGUGGCAUCAACAACAACACACGCAUUCUUGCUUUCAAGCCUGCGCCCCCAGAGUCAUCCAAGCCUAUUGACCUCCGCUCCCAAUACAACCGUCCUCUCAAGCCCGCCAGCAGUGUCAAUGCGCAGAACCGCCGACGCAUCCCCUCAGCACCUGAGCGUGUCCUCGAUGCUCCUGGUCUUGUCGAUGAUUACUACCUCAACCUCCUUGACUGGUCCUCUGGUAACCAAGUUGCCAUCGGCCUCGAGCGCUCUGUCUACGUCUGGUCGGCCGACACUGGCUCAGUAGCUUCGCUGCUCGAGUGUCCCGCUGAUACCUACAUCUCUUCCGUCAAGUGGUCUGGUGACGGCGCCUACGUUGGCGUCGGUCUCGGCACGGGUGAGGUUCAGAUUUGGGACGUUGAGGAGCAGACCAAGCUCCGUAGCAUGUUUGGCCACGAGACCCGCGUUGGUGUUAUGGGAUGGAACAAGCACAUUCUCUCGACAGGCGCUCGCUCUGGCCUCGUCUACAACCACGACGUUCGCGUUGCCCAGCACAAGAUUGCUGAGCUUGUCUCCCACACUGGUGAGGUUUGCGGCCUCGAGUGGCGCGCCGACGGUGCCCAGCUCGCCACUGGCGCCAACGACAACAUGGUCAACAUUUGGGAUGCUCGCGCUCUUGCUGCACCCAAAUUCACCAAGACCAACCACCGUGCUGCCGUCAAGGCCGUGUCAUGGUGCCCAUGGCAAUCAAACCUGCUUGCCACUGGCGGUGGUUCCAACGACCGUCAGAUCUACUUCUGGAACACGACGACUGGUGCUCGCAUCAACCACAUCCCCACCGACUCACAGGUCACCAGCCUUCGCUGGAGCACACACUACAAGGAGAUUGUCAGCACUGGUGGCUUCCCUGACAACAGCUUGAGCAUCUGGAGCUACCCCUCUGGUGUCAAGAACAUGGAGGUUCCCGCUCACGAGUCUCGCGUUCUCCACAGCUGUCUCAGCCCCGAUGGCCAGAUGCUCGCCACUGCUGCCGCUGACGAGUCGCUCAAGUUCUGGAAGAUCUUUGAGAAGAAGCCCGGCCAGCCUUCAGUCGCUGCUGCUGGCUCUGCUUCGACAAAGCCCAGCGUCGUCAAGCAGAUGACGAUCCGAUAG